AUGUCUUCUAAUUUAAAUAUUAUUUCAUUUCCAACAGAAUAUAUUCGUCAACAAUAUUCAUCAGUCAAAGCUUAUUUAGAAGAUGAAUAUUUAGGUCAAGGAAUUUUAUGUAUUGCUGAAAAUCAAUUAGUAUGGGCUAUUGCAUCUAAUGAAACACAACGGCAAGGUAUAGCUAUUGAUUAUCCAUCAUUAACAAUGCAUGGUAUUGUAACACAUGAUCCUAAAUAUCCUGAAGAACAUCUUGUUGUUAUUGUUCAAAAACCAAAAGAAGACGAAGAUAAUGAUGAUGAUGGUACAGCAAAUCAUCAAGGUAAUGGUGAUGAUGAACGAAGUAAUUCACCUAUUGAAUAUGAUAGUAUUCGUACUGUGAAUUAUCGAUUUGUAAUGGCAACAUCUGAAGAUCUUAAAAUUGCUUAUCAAAUUAUAGCUGAAUGUCAAGCACUUCAUCCUGAUCCACUUGAUGACAUGAUUGAAGAUGAUGAAGUUGGUUCUGAUAUUGAUUAUGGGAAUGAAGAUGAUAACAAUGAAAAUGGAGAUGGAGCUAAUGAGGAUGAUGAUCCUUAUGGAUAUAAUGCACAUUUUGCAUCAACAAAUCAAGCAUUACGCGGUUCACACUUUGGUGUUCAUAGACGAGGUCAACAUGAUGUUCAAGAUGACAACGACAAGAAUGAUCAAAGUGAAGAGAUGGAAUAA